GUGAGGGGGGGAGGGAUACAUAUAGCGGGAGGGGAGGAUGCGCACUUCCUUUUCCUGCGGGAGCGGUCGGAGGGAGAGCAGCGUGGCGCGGCCUCUCCGCUGCCGGCCAUGGCUUGUACACGUCCGCUAAUCUCGGUGUACUCCGAAAAGGGGGAGGUGUCUGGCAAAAAUGUUACGAUGCCCGCAGUCUUCCGGGCUCCCAUCCGUCCAGACAUCGUUAACUUUGUUCACACCAACCUGCGCAAAAACAACAGACAACCUUAUGCCGUCAGUGAACUUGCAGGUCAUCAGACCAGUGCUGAGUCCUGGGGUACCGGCAGGGCUGUUGCCCGUAUUCCCCGGGUGAGGGGCGGUGGAACUCACCGCUCUGGCCAGGGUGCUUUUGGAAACAUGUGCCGAGGCGGUCGCAUGUUUGCGCCAACCAAGACUUGGCGCCGCUGGCACCGUAGAGUGAACACCACUCAGAAGCGCUAUGCCAUCUGCUCGGCUCUGGCGGCUUCUGCCCUGCCAGCCCUGGUCAUGUCGAAAGGACACCGAAUUGAGGAAAUCCCAGAACUUCCUCUGGUGGUCGAAGACAAGGUUGAGGGAUACAAGAAGACCAAGGAAGCCGUUCUCCUUCUCAAAAAGCUUAAGGCUUGGAACGACAUCAAAAAGGUGUACGCCUCUCAGCGUAUGCGUGCCGGGAAGGGGAAGAUGCGGAACCGUCGCCGUAUCCAGCGCCGGGGUCCCUGCAUCAUCUACAACGAGGACAAUGGGAUCAUCAAGGCCUUCAGGAAUAUCCCCGGAAUCACUCUGCUCAACGUGACCAAGCUAAACCUUUUGAGACUGGCCCCCGGGGGCCACGUGGGGAGGUUCUGCAUCUGGACUGAGAGCGCCUUCCGCAAGCUGGAUGACCUGUACGGGACGUGGCGCAAGGCGGCCACUCUGAAGAGCAACUACAACCUGCCAAUGCACAAGAUGACCAACACAGACCUUGGGAGGAUCCUGAAGAGCCCAGAGAUCCAGAAGGCUCUACGUGCUCCACGUAAGAAGAUCCAGCGUAGAGUUCUCAAGAAGAACCCGUUGAAGAACUUGAGGGUGAUGUUGAAGCUGAACCCGUACGCCAAGACUGUACGCCGUCACACCAUCCUCCGCCAAACCAGGAAUUAUAAAUUGAGAGAGAACAAAGCGGCGGGCAUCAAGAAAGCCGACGUAUACGCUAAGCUAAAGAGGCCCAUUAAAACUGGCUUGAAAAAGGGAGAAAAGCUGGCAGAGGGAAAGAAGCCCGUGACGGAAAAGAAGGCUGUAGUGGCCGGAAAGAAGCCCACAGGGGAGAAGAAGGCUGCGGCGGCCGAAAAGAAGCCUGCAGGAGAGAAGAAGGCAGCUGUGGCAGUAAAGAGGCCCGCAGGAGAGAAGGUGGCUCCGGUGGCCGAAAAGAGGCCCGCGGGAGAGAAGAAGGCUCCGGGGGCCGACAAGAAGCCCGCAGGAGAGAAGAAGGCUCCGGGGGCCGACAAGAAGCCCGCAGGAGAGAAGAAGGCUCCGGGGGCCGACAAGAAGCCCGCAGGAGAGAAGAAGGCUCCGGGGGCCGACAAGAAGCCCGCAGGAGAGAAGGGGGCUGCGGCUGCCGAGAAGAAGCCCGCAGGAGAGAAGAAGGCUCCGGGGGCCGACAAGAAGCCCGCAGGAGAGAAGGGGGCUGCGGCUGCCGAGAAGAAGCCCGCAGGAGAGAAGAAGGCUCCGGGGGCCGACAAGAAGCCCGCAGGAGAGAAGGGGGCUGCGGCUGCCGAGAAGAAGCCCGCAGGAGAGAAGGGGGCUGCGGCUGCCGAGAAGAAGCCCGCAGGAGAGAAGAAGGCUCCGGGGGCCGAAAAGAAGCCUGCAGGAGAGAAGGCUCUGGGGGCCGAGAAGAAGCCCGCAGGAGAGAAGAAGGCUGCAGCUGCCGACAAGAAGCCCGCAGGAGAGAAGGGGGCUGCGGCGGCCGAGAAGAAGCAGAAGCCCGCAGGAGAGAAGGGGGCUGCGGCGGCCGAGAAGAAGCCCGCAGGAGAGAAGGGAGCUGCCGCGGCCGAGAAGAAGCCCGGAGAGAAGGGAGCUGCCGCGGCCGAGAAGAAGCCUGCAGGAGAGAAGGGAGCUGCCGCGGCCGAGAAGAAGCAGAAGCCCGCAGGAGAGAAGGGGGCUGCCGCGGCCGAAAAGAAGCCCACAGGAGAGAAGGGGGCUGCCGCGGCCGAAAAGAAGCCCGCAGGAGAGAAGGGAGCUGCCGCGGCCGAGAAGAAGCAGAAGCCCGCAGGAGAGAAGGGGGCUGCCGCGGCCGAAAAGAAGCCUGCAGAAGAGAAAAAGGCAGCAGAAAAGAAGCCGGCCCCAGAAAAGAAGCCUUCCGCAUAAACACAAUUCAGUGUAAUUGCCACGGACCACAGUUCAUGGGGAAUAAAGAGGCUUCAAUAAUGGCAUUAA